AACAACUUCGUUCUGCCGCUGACGCUACGCGCGCGGUCGUGGAGCCGCAGUCCCGCGAGCACCUCGGGGCGACCAUGUCCGACAUAUUGGAGCUGGCUCGUCGCGGCACCUCCGAGGGCCCGACCGCCGAGGGCCGCCCAACCAUGAACUUGAAGGCGCGAGCCCCAGUGCCCGCCGAGGGCCAAGAUGCGGAAGAGGGCCCUUCCGAGCGCGACGGGGUCCAGCGCGAACAGCGAACCACGGAGCUGGUCACGACGGAGUCGAACCCCGAGCUGGCUUCCAGAGGCCAUGGCAAUGACGCGUCGCUCAGGAAAUUCGAGAUGGAGUGCAUCGACGAGAACAUGGCAGCCUAUUUUGAGAUCCUCAUAUCCGUGCUGGUCGAUAGUCAGGGCUGGAGACGAUCGUUGACAGCCCAGAUGCUCGACUGCUUCGUCGCCAACCAGCAGCGCAAGGACAAUAUCGAGUUCCACUGGAACAAUCUGAGCUCUUUCGGGAAGGCUGAGUUCCGCGGGGCCAUGGACAGGGGGGUUGCCAACUGGAAGCUGUACCGAGGGGCGCGCCCUGUACCUGUGGGCGAGGUCGCGGACCCUGCCGACGUGAUGCGAUGCUGGUGGGCGUGGGCGCGCAUGGCCGACAGGGCAGCCAAGGCUCGCCUGUUACCAUUCGGCUACCAGACGAAGGACAUCGGCCAGGAGCCUCCUGCACCCCCUGCAGCCUCACGCCUGGCUCGUAACAUCCUUCUCGCUGUGGCAGCGGCGAACCGCUGGGGCCUGAUGAAGGGUGGCUUGACGAGUGCGCUCCUCCAGGCGAACGACCUCAAGCAGGACCUGUUCGUCGAGGCGGACGACGCCCUCUCCCUCGCCUUUGGAGUGGUGCCUGGCGAAGAACGACGAGUCUGGAAACCAGGUUGCGGCAUUGGUGAGGCCCCUCGACAGUUGUGGCAGACCGCGAAGACAGAUUUCGCGAAGCUGGGACUUCAAGCUUACCGCCCGGAGCUGCGGCGAUGGAGCCUGCGCUGGCCGGUCGCCCAGAAGCUGCUGCAGGUUGGCCACGCCACAGCGUCGAGCUCUGCCGAGGGGCCUUUCCAGAACGCUUGUGCCUUCACCGUGCUCGACUGGGGAUUGCGCAAGCACAAAAGUUUCGCCCGUUCCAAUUUUGCCGCGGAUAUCCAGGAGGCCAGCGACGCCGAGGGCGAACAGAUGGUGGUGCGCCUCGUACUCUACGAGUUGCUGUUCGGUAAGAUGGACCUUCGCGACCGUAGCGCGGCCCUUCAGCAGGUACCGGCGGCCAUGAUUACGGACUGCAAGGUUUUGUGCGACGGAGUGGUGAAGUCUGAGUCGGCCGGUCUUGGGCUGGACGAGAGGCGGACAGCCAUCGAAGCACUCGCAUUGCGACGGGCCCUUGGGGAGGGUGGCACCAUGGUGCGCUGGCUACACAGCCAUGCCCAGCUGGCAGGCGGGAUGACCAAGGCCAGUCAGCAGGCUUUCAACGUGCUCCACGCCUUCCUUAAGAGCCAGCGCUGGAAGAUAGUGCGCGACGAAAGGUUCCUCCUGGCCCGCAAGCGCAAUGUUCUGGGCAAGGGUAUCGUCGAGGAGACAUCCGAUGGAGAUUGCGAGCAG